AUGGAUACUACUGAAAAAAAUAAAAACUUAGAAUAUGAAACAGAAAAUUUUUAUAAAAUCGUUGACAGAAAUAAUGAUGAAGUAAAACUUUAUGAAAUUAAUGGAGAAAAAAAAGAGGUAGAAUUAAUUAAUUUUCAAAAUGAAGAAAUGAGAAAUGAAAAUGAAAUAAAUAAUUCUGAUAUGAGUAUAAACAAAAAUGAAAUGGAUAUAAAUAAUUUUCAUAGUAAUGAAAUAAAAACACAUCUUGAAGUCGAAAAAGAUGAAAAAAAAAAUUUUUUGAAUGAAAAUAAAAGUAAUUAUGAAACAGAAGAAGAAAAUUUAAAUGAUGAUGCAAAUAUAACUGAUGAAGGAGAAGAAGUAGAAGAAGAAAAUAUCGUUGAAAAAGACUUAAUUCUCCAAAGAUAUAAGCAUGGGAUUAAUAUAUAUAUAAAUUUUGAUGAUAUAAAAAAAAGUAAAGUUAUUGAUUUUUAUUCUGAAUGUUUAAAUAAAUAUAAAAACGAAAAUAAUUUUAUAUAUCAUCAGAAUUAUAAUAGCAAUAAUAAAGUAAAAGUUGAAGAAAAUGUGGAUUUAUAUUCAAUUAAUAAUUUAAACUUAAUAAAUGAAAAUAUAGAUAACAGUAAUAAUCUAUCUAAUUCAAAUGACAAAUGUUUACUUAUGAAAAAUAAAAAUGUUCUUAAAAAUACAAAUACCACUACUAUUAAUGAAGAAUUUAAAAAUUUUAAUCUUCAAAAAAAAAAACAAGAGUCAUUGGAUCCAUUAUUAAAAUGCAUAAAUUCUUUAUCUGAUAGAAUUAAUUUACAACAUUUAGUUGGUGAUCCAACAACCUAUUUUAAAAUUGGAGGAGGUGAUAUGUUUUAUGAUAUAAAUGAUCCAUUUUUAGAUGAUGAAGAAAUGUAUAAAGAAUUAAACAAAACUAAAAAUGAAAUUAUUUUAACAAGACAAAUAGAAGAUGAAUAUAGUAUAUGGAGUGCAGAUAUAUCGGAUGAUUAUAUUGAAAUAAAUCCAGACUAUUUUUUCUCUUUUUAUAACUCAAGGUGUAAAUAUAAUUUUUCAAGUGAUGAAGAGAGCGAUAAAAAAAAAAAUUUAAAAAAAAACAAUAAAAAUGUAGAAGAAUAUGAAAAAGAUAAAUACAAAAAGAAUUUAAAAAACAAAGAGAAAAAAAAUGAAAAUGGGAACAUAAUAAAUAUUAAAAAUAUAUACAGUAAUGACAAAAAUUCAGAUUCUUCUGUAUUUUCUUCAUCUAACUCUUCUAGUGAAAGCGUAAUUGAAUUAAAUGAACUGAAUGCUGGUAUUAAUUUUGAAAAAAGUUCAAAUAACAUCAUUAUUUAUUCAAGUGAUGGGGACAUAGAUCCCUCUUCUGAUGAUAAUGAAUAUGAAAGUAAAACAGAGGAAUCGGAAUCAUCAGAAGAAGAUAUUACAUUUAACCCCUUUGCUUGGAAGAAAUUUCAAAAGCAUAUCCCCCCAGAAUUCGUUGAUUCUUUUGAAAAACUAGAAAAAGAAUUAGAUGCAUUACCUCUUGAGGUAAAUACUUCAGAUAUACAAAACAUAAUAAAAAAAAGUGUUUGUAAUAUAUUUUCUCAAGUUAUAGAAAAAUAUGCAAACACAUUAAACCAUUUUGAUAAAGAAUUAAAUGACUUAAUUGAAAUAGACGUAAAGCUUCUAAGAUGGCUUACUACUAUUAUGACUAAAAUGUCUAACUCUCUCAAUGAUACAGAUAUAUACAGAAUAUGGUUUGAAAAUGUUUUUUUUUAUAAUACUAAAGUAUUUAUAAAUUAUGAAAAAGAGUUUAUUAAAAAAUUAAAAAAUUCGCAAAUUUUCGAAAAAAAUAAUGUAACACAUUUAAACAAUAUAUUAAAAGAUAUUACUCAAUGGAAAUUAUAUCAAGAAAAUAAAGAAAAACUAAGUAAAGAAAAUAAAGAUGGUAAUUAUCAUGAAAAUAAUAACAAUAAUAAUAUCAAUAAUAAUAAUGAUAAUAAAAAUGAUAACAAUAACAAUAACCAUAAUAAUAUUAACAAUGAAUGUAAUAACAAUUCGGAAAAUAGCAGUUUAGAACAAAAUAAUAAUAUUAUUGAAGAUAAUAAUAUAAAUAAGAGUACUUUAAUUAUUGAAAAUUAUAACAAAUAUAAUAAUGAUAAUCCUAACAUUAACAAAUCGAAUAUCCAAAAUAAUUUUAAUCUUUUGAUAAAAAGUAAUGAUAAUAGUAAUAAUGAAUUAAAUGAAAAACAUAAGGAAAAUGAUAAUUAUUUUAAAAUUCACAAAAUAAUUAAAUGUAAUAAUGAUAACGAAGAAAUUGAUAUUAACAAGGAUAACCAGUUAAAGAAUAAUUUUAAUGAGAUAAAUCUAAAAAAUAUUAAUAAUAAUAAUAAUAAUUUUAUUUCUAAUAAUUCAAAAAAAGAAAGCAUAGAUGAAAAUGAAAAAAGCAAAUUUUUAAAUGUAAAAAAUGAGUCAAAUAAUAAAAAUAAAUCUUCAUCACACAUUUCAAAUCAUAAUACAAUUCUACAAAUAGAUGAAGAUAAAAUGACUUCUGAUAAUUAUACAUUUUUAAAUAAAGAUUUUUUAAAAAAUGAAUAUAAUAAAAAAAAUAUAGGAGAUGAUUUAUAUUUUGAUUUUAAUAAUAAGAAAAAUGAAGAAAUGAUGGAUCAUGGUUUAAAUGAGGAAAAAUUAAGAAGUAUAGAUAAAUAUAUUAAGGAAAAUGAAGAAAAUAAUGCAAGUAAAAAUAAGUACCCAUAUAAGAACAAUGAAAAUGCAGAAUAUAAUGAAUCAAAUAUAAUAUAUAAAAUAACCAUGGAUAAUCAUGAAAUAGAAGAUAAUAAAUCGUUAGAAAAGUAUUUUAAAAGUUUUUCAGAUAUUUCAUAUGAUAUGUUAAAUUAUGUAAAAAUAUUUAUUAAACAAAAAUGUUUAUUAAAGGAUAUGAUUUCAGCAGGUUUCGAGGCCCUUGUAGAUAGGCAAAAUAAACAUUUUAUUAAAAUGCCAUAUAUGACAUUAUCAGAAAUAUUAACUAAUUUAUUUAAUUUUAGAUAUAAAACAAAUAUAAUAAUUAAUUCAGAUUACAUUGAAGGAUUAAUAAACUUUUACCAAGAAAAAUACAAAAUAGAUGUAUCUUAUGAAAAGGGAAAAAAUAAAAAAGUAUUUUUGUUUGAUACAAAUGAAAUGAAUAAAAUGAACAACAUUUAUUAUAAAAAUAUAAAUAAAAUGUUAUUCAAAGAAAAAUCAUUAUCUAAUGAUAAUAAUAGUAAAGAAGAAAAUAAAACAAAGAGUAAUAAUAAAAAUGAAGAAGAAAAAAGUUCUAUUAAAAAAAAAAACGUUAACAGUAUUAGUAAUAAUAUUGAUGUGCAAGUUAAAAAGGAUAAUAGUAAAACUAAUAAGAAACACGCAUUAAUUAAAAACGAAAGUAAAUCAUUAAACAAAAAGAAAUUGAUUGAACCUAUUAAAAAUGGAAAUACUAAAGAGAUUAAUUCUUUAAUAAAAAAGAAAAGUAAUAAAAUUUUAAUCAACGAAAUAACGAAAAAAAAUUCUGAUAAAAAAAAAAAUAAUAAAACAGAGAAGAAAUUAUCAGAUCAUAUAGUUAUUUGCUUAGAAAACGAGAAGAUAAAUUCAUCAGACAAAAUAAAACAAAAUAAAAAUAAGAAAAAUAAAAUUGAGAAUAUUAAUGUUAAAAAGGAUAUAGAAAAUAUAAAAAAAAAUAAAAAUAAUACUAGUAAUAAUGUUAGUAACAAUAAUAAUAAUAUGAAUAGUAAUAAUAAGAAUAAUAUUAACAACAAUUAUAAUAAUAAUAAUAAUAGUAUUAAUAAUAGUAUUAAUAAUAGUAUUAAUAAUAGUAGUAACAAUCAGAAGAAUAAAAAAAAUGAAAAUAAUAUUUUAAUUAUAACAGAUGAACAUAACAAUUUAAAAUCUAAUCAUAUUUUAAAUCAAAAAAUGAAGAUAUAUAAAAAAAGGAAGCUCAAAAAUGAUUUUCAAAUGAGUAAGAAAAACACAAACACAACCGUAUUAAAAAAUAAUAAACUUAAUGAAAAAAUAAAAGGGAAAACAACUGUUACAAAUGAAAAACAGGGUAUAAAUAAUUAUAUAAGUAUAGAAACAUCUGAUGACAAUUAUUAA